AAAAAAGAAAUAAGUUUAAACGUAAUCAGUUUUAUAAAUUACCACAACGACCACAAAGCUUAUCAGUGCGAUAACGAUAAAGAAUACAAAACUUAAAGCUCAGCGACAAACAUGGGAUGAUGGUUUAAGUGUUCAUUAAACUAUAACAUUUAUUAACACGACACGCCACAUUAAGACAACACGACAUGGAAAUUCUUCCAGAAAUACAAGAGCUAAGUCAGGUGAUUGAACCAUCACUACGUGGCGACAGCCUCUUUCGCUACGAUGUGACCAACUUGACGCAACCAGGUGAUAAUUACGGAAGUGUUCUGAUAUCUAUAAGAGCUCACCUGCAGCGACCUGGCGGGGAAUUAUAUUUCAAGCGUUUCGUGGCCAAAGUCCCUCCAACCGACGAAAAGUAUUGGCGAUUCAUUCAACCAGAGCGCACAUGCCUUGUUGAGAAUGCUAUUUACAAAAUAUUGGCCCCAGCUCUGACCGUUUUACAAUAUGAAGCAGGUAUUCCUAAAGAUAAACACUUUGACGGGUUCGCCGACUUCUUAGGCUCGCGAAUCUCAUUAAUACCUAACGCCAAGGCAGUAGACAAGGACGCCAUUUUGAUUUUAGAAGACCUGCGAGAUAGCAAUUAUAUUCCAAGUCAAAGAAUGAAUCCUUUUGACCUACCUCACGCAGAAUUAGCGCUGAAAUAUAUGGCGCAAUUUCACGCGUUGUCAAUCUCAUUGCGAUUAAAAAAACCAGAGAUAUUUGAGAAGGAAGUAAGACCAUCAUUUGGAAAGUUCGAUUGGCAUGCAGCGGCACCAGAAUCAAAGGCAACGAUGAUUGCUGAAACAUUACAAGAUAUAAGAGAAGCAACUAACAAUGAUGAACUAAUGGUGGAGCGUAUCGAGCAGUUAUCAAGCGAAUUCUUCAGUUUCUUAGCAGCACCAACUAAUGAAAAUAAUCCCUUUAAUAGCAUUAUUCAUUCCGAUUUCUGGGCAAUGAACCUCAUGUUCAGACAUGAUUCGUUUGGCGAACCUACGAAAUUAAAAAUAAUCGACUUCCAAACGGCACAAUAUGAUUCUAUAAUUCAUGACUUGAUAUCAUUUUUGCUAACAAGCAUUUCAACCAAUGUAUUGGAAGAUAAAUACCAGCAAUUGUUACAUGUCUACCACGACAGUUUUAUUUGUACUCUUAUAGCAGUAGGUGCAAAUACAUCAGCAUAUAGUUUCGAAGCAUUCCUUACUGAGCUAAGCCGUAUAGCCUACAUUCAAGUACCACACGCUAUAUUCAUGACCCGAUUCAUUCUGGCCGAUGAUACUACUUCCACAAGUCAACAAGACCUAGAUCUAUCUCAGAUACUGAAGAAUACGAACUCGAAGCAUGUGCAUUGGAAACUUGCCGAAAUUUUGCGAUUAGCACAAAAAUUUAAUAUUCUCUAAAUACUACAUUACACAUAUGUUCUUAUAGAUUUCUUAACUUUAAAUUGCUUAAAAUGUGUAUUUAAAAAAUACAAACU